AUGGCCGGAAUUGUCCACAAGGAGUUUCCUGAGUUGGCCCAGACAGGGCUGAACUAUCUGUCCUGGUCCUCGGACUGCGAGAUCUUUCUCCAGGGCAAAACCCUCCUGAGGGCGAUCGGUAAGGGGGCCCAGCUGGCCGUCACUGAUCCCAAGUUCAAGACUGAGAAUGCGCAGGCUCUGCACUUUCUCCGUCAUCACCUGUCACCUACUCUGAAAGAUGAGUAUAUGGCUGAGCGCAGUGCUUCUGGCCUUUGGACCGCUCUUAAGCAGCGGUUUGAGCGGCUGAAGUACACUGUGAAGCCACGUGCAGAGGCAGAGUGGAUCCGUCUGAGGUUUGCGGACUUCAAGACGGUUGGGGAGUACAAUUCGGCUCUGCACCGGAUUUGUACGACUCUUCGGUUGUGUAGUACUGAGAUUACCGACUCCUAG